AUCCGCCAUCUUUUUGACCCGGUUUGUAAACACUGGUCUGUCAGUUGAGAGCCAGACAUCGAAUAACACCCUUUAAUUGUGUUUAAGUUGAGCUUUUACUGCUUCUCUUAACUAUUUUAUUUUUAGAAUUUAUUCAGCGUUGACGUACCUAUCAUGGAACGAAGUUUAGGUAGCUAACUUUAACGGUAACGGGUACCGUUAGCCAGUUUAGCCGUUAGCAGGACGGUUAGUAAAACAUGGCUCAGUAACAAACAGUUUAAGAGACCUAACUGUAUGGUUCACGGAAAGUCUACUGCGGCAUGAUGAUCUCUCAGCUCUUCAUCUUGUCCUCAAAGGGCGACCACCUCAUCUACAAAGACUUCCGCGGAGAGGCAGGAAGUGAUGUCGUCAAUAUUUUCUACGAAAAGGUCACAGCGCUGAGCGGAGACCAGCCUCCGGUCGUCAUGAGUCACAAAGAUCUUCACUUUGUCCACGUGCGGCAGGGAGGACUCUACUGGGUCGCCACGACGACCCCAGACUCCUCCCCCUUCACUGUCAUCGAGUUCCUCAACAGGCUAACGGCGUUGGUUAAAGAUUACUGCGGCAGCCUGUCGGAGAAGUCGGUUCAGAUGAACUUUGCCCUCAUCUACGAGCUGCUGGACGAAGUCGUGGACUAUGGUUACAUCCAGACAACUUCCUCUGAUGUCCUGAAGAACUUCAUCCAGACUGAAGCCGUCUCCUCCAGACCGUUCAGCAUGUUUGACCUCAGCAACGUGGGCUUGUUUGGAGCUGAGACGCAGCAGAGUAAAGUGGCUCCGAGCUCCGCCGCCACCAGACCCAUCCAGUCCAGCAGAGAGCAGGGAGGGAAGAGCGAGAUAUUCGUGGACGUGAUCGAGAGGAUGACUGUCGUCAUCGGCUCCAACGGAGUUUUGAUGAAAGCUGACGUCGAGGGAGAAAUCAGAGUCAAGUGUUACAUGCCGAGCUGCUCGGAGAUGCGAAUCGGUCUGAAUGAAGAAUUCAGCAUCGGCAAGUCACAGCUCAGAGGUUACGGAGCUGCUGUUCGUGUUGACGAGUGCAGCUUCCACCAGGCGGUCCGACUGGACGAGUUUGACAGCAACCGCAUCCUCCGGCUGUGUCCGAGCCAGGGAGAGCAAACGGUGAUGCAGUACCAGCUGAGUGAUGACCUGCCGUCAGCACCUCCGUUCCGCCUCUUCCCAACCAUCGAGAGAGACAGCGGAGGAAGGCUGCUGAUGUACCUGAAACUUCGCUGUGAUCUGCCGCCAAAGAGCGCUGCCAUCAACGUGUGUGCCACCAUCCCCGUUCCCAAAGGCUCUGUGAGUCUGUCCCAGGAGCUCAGCAGUCCUGAUCAGAGUGCUGAGCUGAAGCUGCAGAGCCGAGCCAUCGUCUGGCAGAUCCCUCGUUUCCCCGGAGGAACCCAGCUCUCCGCGCUGUUCAAGCUGGAGGUCUCCGGUCUCAGCUCGGCCUCCAUGUUGGAAGUGGGUCCGGUGGGUCUGGGCUUCGAGCUCCCCAAACUCACGGCCACGGGGCUCCAGGUCCGCUUCCUGCGCCUGGCGCCGGUCCAGCCGGGCCCGGCCCAGCGCUGGGUCCGCUACGUCACGCACUCGGACUCCUACAUCAUCCGCAUCUGAUGACCUCAUCGCUCUCAUGAUGAGGAGGUGUGUGUGUGUGUGUGUGUGUGUGUGUGUGUGUGUGUGUGUGUGUGUGUGUGUGUGUGUGUG